AUGAGCCAUAUUAGUGUUAAUUUGAAUGGACGAAGCACAUCGAAUGAAACCAUUGAUGGAACUCUUCAAUCAGAGUGUCAAAAUGUUCCAUUUUCGUCAUCCACAAAAUCCGAAUCUGAAACAUUGAAUCUGAAGAGAAAUUUCAAAGAAAACUGCAGUCUUCAUCGAAUAUCUUUUAAUUGGCGCAAAAAAGAAAAAUUUGACACAAGUCUGUUACGAGCACAUCAACGAUCGCGAAGUGCUGAUGGUGAGAAUAUAUAUUCUAUAAAAUUUUCUUGCACCAGUCCACUUCUUCGCGGUGAAACUCAGUGGUUAUCAAAAAAUGCUCAAGCAAAUAAUAGUAGUAUUAAUGCGCUUAAGGCAACUAAAAAUUUUUUUAAGAGAUUGUAUAAUUCGGCGACGUUACCCGUUCGAUCCAAUAAACCUGUAAUUUCUAAAGCGCUCGUAGACAGUUCGCUAAAUGGUCCACAGUUUGAGAUCCGAAAUUCUUCUAAUGUUAAUAACGAAGAAGAAGAACAACGAUAUUGUGAAUAUGAAGUAAAUCAAGAUUCUACGACUUGUAUAACAACCGAUAACGAAUCAAUUUCAUCAACUAUAAAAGACAUUGCUGAUGAACCUAUGAAUGAUUCAGUUUUUAGAAAAUCUUUCAAUUCAACUUGUUCUUCAAAUUUUUCGGCUGAUUUUCAUUCAUGGUCGGAAUUUUUCGAUCAUCUUAGGAAAGAAAUCGCUAAUAUGCGUGAAAGAGAUGCGCAAAUUUUGGCUGAUCUACGACGGGUCGAAAUACAGUUAGAAAACGUUAAGAAUCGAGCAAUGUGCUCAUCGAAAUCCAAUUAUGAACUUGACAGGCGAAAACCAAAAUUGGGAGAUCUCGUUGAAAGUAUGCCAUUGUGA